AUGGAGAACCAAUACGAUACGCAGAACGAAGCAAAUGGCGGUUUGCGAGAAAGGAAGCACAGGGAAGGCCCAAAGGCCCAUGAAAAGCAGGAGACUACCAAGGAAGAGCAGAAAAAGCCUCAAAAGACAUAUGGAAGAACUCCAGAUGGCAAAACCUUCAUUGUUCCCCAGACGCAUGAUAUGGUCUCUCAGCUCUUCUCACCAAGUCAACCGAAGAACGUAUCGGACGUCCUAGUCGUCGCUCUGCUUGGAAUACUCAUCUUGACCCUGAUACUUCUCCCUCCGAGUUGGCGAGUACCUACCUUCGCCGUCAUUUUCCUCUUCUGGCGAGCGUGCUACAACGCCGGGAUUGGCUACCUCCUACACCUUCAAUCCAAGCACUGGAGGUUAGUCAAUUGGGCGAAGCAAUCAAGAAUAUUCGUAGACCCUACAAAGGAAGAAAACCCUCAUCCAAUACUCCACCGUUGGUUGAAGAGAGAGCUGGAGACCAAAAUUGUAGAGGACUACAGGUUCGAGGACGCUCCCAUCGAGUACAACACCUGGCUCGUUUUCAGACGAGUGUGCGAUGUGAUCCUUCUUUGCGACUUCGUAUCAUAUUGCCUAUUCGCCGUCGCUUGCGGUGGAAGACCAGAGGGUGAAAAUGUGCUAAUGACCGCAGCUCGAUGGUCGGUGGGGCUGGGCUUGUUUUUCUUCAACCUUUGGGUCAAAUUGGACGCGCAUCGCGUUGUGAAAGACUUCGCCUGGUAUUGGGGGGACUUUUUCUUCUUGAUCGACCAAGAAUUGACUUUUGAUGGAGUGUUCGAAAUGGCUCCACAUCCAAUGUAUUCCAUCGGCUACGCAGGGUACUACGGCUAUUCGUUGAUGGCUGCUAGCUACAGAGUCUUGAUUAUAUCAAUCAUCGCCCACGCCGCGCAAUUUGCUUUCCUGAUCUGGGUAGAGAACCCACAUAUUGACAAAACGUAUAAUGCUCCUCCGCCAAAAAAGCGGAGCAGUGUUCCAAAUGUGAACGCAGACAUCGAUGCGGAUAGCGUGCAGGAAUCGCCCGAAACAAGCCAGGAGCUGAGCCCUCCAGCUGUGGAUGCCAAUCCCCCGACUUCGGUGCACAAUCUACUUGGAUUAGGCAACACCGACUUACACCGUGUCACGGACUCUUCUAUUAUACUACUUCAGAUUCUUAUGUUUGCUCUAGCAACUUUGACGCCAUCUACGCCACUUUUCCAAGCCCUCUUCGUCGCAAAUGCUGCCAUCUGGCGCCUGUGGUACUCUUUGGGCAUCGGCUACAUUCUCAACCGCCAAUCCACAAAACGCAGAUGGACACGCCACUUCCUCAAAUACGGUGGGAGCAAAGAGGAAGCAUGGCGGGAAUGGAAAGGUAUAUACCACAUUACGAUGACCAUGUGCUACGCUAGCUUCGCUGCCGCGUCGUGGAAGAUGUAUCAACGUCCUGCGAAUUGGAAACAAGGACUUCCUAUUUUCAAACACGUAAUUGGCGCGAGCUUGAUAGCAUUGCAGUCAUGGACGGUCAUGAGUAUCUAUCAAUCCUUGGGCGAAUAUGGCUGGUUCUUCGGAGACUUCUUCUUCCUAGACCAACGACCGAAGCUCACUUAUAGCGGCAUUUAUCGCUACCUCAACAACCCAGAACGGGUAAUCGGCCUGGCUGGCGUGUGGGGUGCUGCUCUCAUCACCAGUAGCCCUGCCAUAUUCUGUCUCGCUCUUCUUAGUCACGUACUCACCCUCGCCUUCAUACAUUUUGUCGAGCGUCCGCAUAUGGAGAAACUCUACGGUCGGGAUUUGCGCGAAGAGUCGGGAAUCACGCGGAGCCUCAAGCGAUCUCUACCGCCUCAGUUGAGGUCAUGGCAAGGAAGCAUGGACAAGAUGCUGGAGGAUACCUUAGAAUCGGUUGAGGACUUCGUUGACGCUGCUCGGCCCAAAUUUGCAAAAGGCAUGAGUAUCUUUGUGAAAGACACCAAUGCUUUAUUCCAUUACCCUGCUCGCGUGAGUAUCACCAGGUUAUCUCCCGAUCUUGCAGGCUUCGACCCAAGAGACUAUUCGCUAGAACUCACUGGGGCCAAGACCAGCAGCGGCGUCGGGUCAGGGCAGCGGUACAGCUCGAAGGCGUUGAAGUUCGAUUAUGGCACACCUAUCAGGCUGAAAUUGACGGCACCGUUGAAUCAUAGCAAGAAAGACUGGGUUGGCUUGUACAUGGUUGCCGACAAUACUUCUCGAGAUGUUACCCGAGUAAGCUCCCAAGGAAGGUGGGUUGCGACGAACAAGAAUGAAUACAAUUCUAGAGUCGUCGACCAAGGCAUCCUUGUCAGUGACAACCGGGUCUCAGGCACGAAACGCAAGGACGGGGAAGACAAAGAUUUUCUCUCUGGUGAGCUCGAGUUUUCAGGUGACAAACUCUGGUGGGUCACUGGGGUCUUUGAAUUCCGCUACCACCACAACGGCAAGCACAAUGUUAUGGCAAUUUCAUCGCCCUUUGAGAUAGCAAUAAACACUUUCGACGAAGACGAUGUCGUAACCAAUGACGCUGCAUCGAUCAAAGGCGCAGUUGAACAGGAGCUCCUACCACUGGUAAGGAAUUGCUUUGACAGAGACCCGGACAUAGCGCCUACUACCGUCGAAGAGUCUUGGGGGGGUUCGGUGGAGAGGGACGGGAAGUAUGCCAAAAGAGUCGUCUAUGCAAUGCGCCAGAUGUUUGGCAUAGAGUUUGCCCCUGAAGUCGUUCAAGCAGAUGGUAAUGUUCGAAAUCUAGCGUGGCGACUCUGCCAUGCAAAGAAAGCUUUGGUAAGCCUGCAAUUCGGUUCACUGAACGCACCUUCACCGUCAACUAACGUCGUCCUCACUAGCAACAAUACUCCACCCUAUCUCGAGGACGCAACUCGCCUACGGAAUCAAAGUAUUGAUCAUGGAGGCUAUACUUGGGUACAUAUGGGCGGUACUCUCCACAGCAAGAUACCCCUUUUCCUCUCAAUUAUGAGUUUAUGA